AUGAGCGACAAACCAAUGCCUCAAGACUAUAUCCGCCUUUCAAUGGAAAAGCGUGUUAAAGUUCAGCUCGAAGGUCGCGUACUUGAAGGAGUACUUCACGCUUAUGAUGAGCAUUAUAAUAUUAUUAUCGGCGACGUUACAGAAAGUUUGAUGGGCCUUGAUAAAAAUGGCAUGCAAGUUGCUGUCAAUCAGAGACAAAUAGAUAUGUUAUUCGUUCGUGGAGAUAGAAUUGUUUCAAUUGCAACACUUUAA